CCUAAGUUUUUGUUGAUAGAGCUACAGUAGCAGCAGAUCUACAAUGGCUGCCCUUUGGAUGCUCAGUGUGAGUCUAUUGCUAGGUGCCUGGGUCAUUGACUCCUUCAUCUCUCCCAGCCAACCUCCACUGCUCAAUUUUGGUCACCUGGUGUUCUUUGACCCCAGCAAGGUGCACACGCCUUCCACUAAAGAAGAGAUACUGUCUAUUGUGUACGAUGCUCUAGAAAAUGGCCAUCAUAUCCGUGUUUUAGGCUCAGGUCAUUCCCGUUUGGCCAUUGCUCUGUCGGAGGAUGUCAUGGUUUCUUUGCACAAGUACAGGGGAAUCUUCAAGUUUGAUAAGGCAGCUAGCCAGGUGACUGUCAAAGGAGGCACCACCAUUGGUGAGGUAGUGCGGUACCUUGAUGAAAGAGGUCUGGCCUUACCUUCGCUGCCGGCCAUCACUGAUCAAACCAUCACUGGAGCUAUCAGCACUGCUACUCAUGGUACAGGGGUUGAGUUUGGGAACCUUGCUACCAUGGUAACAGGACUAGAGCUGGUCACUGGAGAGGGGGAAACCCUCUCGUUGAGCGAGGCUAAUCACCCAAUCAUCUUCAAAGCAGCUUUGGUGAGUAUGGGUCUGCUGGGGGUCAUCACCAAGGUGACCUUGCAGUGUGUGCCAGCCUUCCGUCUGCAGGAAAGUCUAGAGCCAUUGUCAUUGGACGAUUGCAUACGACAACUGCCGACCCUAGCAACCAGUGGCCAUCAUGUCAAGCUGUGGACUGAGUUGUAUAGUGGUACUUGUGCAGUGAUACGGAUGAAUAGAACUGAACAAGAAGUGACUGGGAAUGGAGUAAUGAGGAUUCUGGAUAUAAAGUGGAGACUCAUGGAACCAUUCCUCUUCUUGUCGUCGUGGUUUCAAAGCCAGCUACCAUCCAUAAUGAGAUUCAUAGCCAGCUACAUAAACAUUUUUCCAGCGUACUCGUUAGUGGACAAGAGCUACAAUGUGUUUGUUCCCACUCCUUAUUUCCCUAGCAACCUGCAGACCGAGAUUGCCGUCGACAGAAGUAAGUGUACCGAUGCAUUUCAACUGUUACGGAACAUGGUGCUGGACAACAGGAUACCAGUCAACCUCAUCACUGAGGUCAGGUUUGUGAGGAGUGAUGACAUUUGGUUGAGCCCUAGCUACCAGCGAGACGGUUGCUAUCUCACUCUAAUGCUGUACAACCCUUCGGACAAAACUGUUUCGUCAUACUUUAGUGCCUUUUACCAGGAACUUGUUAGGAUGAAUUUCACCCCUCGCGUUCAUUUUGGUAAGUACUUUGACCUUGAGCCACAUCAGCUGUAUGAUGCAUAUCCACGGUUACCUGAGUUUUUGAAGAUACGGCAAGAACUUGACCCAAGUGGUCUGUUUUUAAACCAACUCAUGAGAACAACAUUUGGACUGUAACAGAUAACGAAUGUAUUUGGCUGGAACAGUUUUUAUUUUUUUGAGAGCACUAUUGCACUUAUACGUAUAGGUUUUGUUGAUCAAUGAGUUCCAGUUCAGUAUACAGUAAUAAUUAAUUGUUAUGG